AAAAAUAAAAUAUAUGCAGAAUCAAAAGCAUGAAGCUUUGUAAUUCAUUGGUGCCCUUCGUUAAUCACAGAGCUCGGAUAUUGGGCACCCAAAAAUUCGUUCGUGAACAUGUUGGGCGAUCUGCGUUUAAAUGAGCAUUUAGCUCGACUUACAAAACAAUCAGUAACAACGAUCAAUGUAUUGCUUUGCUUAGUGCUGAAUAUUCCUCUGGGAUUGAUUUAUCACAAACUUCUCCACCCAAAAAGAACCCCCCCUGCAAUCCGCCACCUUGUUGGUUUAGUUUUAGGAUUAUGGAUUGGAUGGGUUUGUAUUGAUAGGGAAAUCUACAUAUUGAUUGCAAUAACAUCACUGAGCUAUGUACUGAACUACAUCAUUCGUCCAACAAUAGUCCACAAAGUCAUCUUCUUAGUUUCAUUUGGCCUUCUAAUUGUGGCUCAAACAAUUCGCAUGGUACAGAAUUAUGGAGAAAAUAUCUUUGAUUAYACAGGGAGACUUAUGGUGCUUAUUCAAAGAUUCACUUUUGUUGCAUAUUGCUUUCAUGAUGGCAUGGCAAGGGACUCAAAGGAGUUGAAUGAUUGGCAAAGAACACAAUGCCUCAAAAAACUUCCAUCACCAUUGGAAUAUUUUGGAUACAUGUUUCACUUCAGCUCUUUUCUCGUCGGWCCGUCUUACACAUAUCGCGAAUACAUCGACUUCAUUGAAGGAAAAGACAUGCAAAGAGCUCUCKCAGACCCCAAGGUAGGCGGGCAUGCUUCUUUUUAAAAUUCUUGCUAUUUCUCGCAUUUAUGUAUUGAAAAUUAUCCUCAGACUUACCUUAAUGGUUUGCUUUGCUCGAAACAAAUCAGCCUCUGCAUUUUUUUCGUAAUUACAGAAAAAAUAUUCUAGUUUUUACUCCGAAAUACUUGUCCACACACUUCGUGUUGGACACUUCACCGUGCAAAGGUGCAAUGACAAGACUGCAUUGA